GGAAAUCAAAGACGAAUCGAGUUUCAGUUUUCAGUCACUGAUUUAUGUCUUACAAAAUCAAAAUCGGAAGUUAAAUAAUAUUGUUUAAGGCAAAAUUUGAAAAGAAAACAUAAAUUCCCUUGAUUAUGGCAGAUAGAAAUAAGAGAAAUAAAGUCAAGAUCCUAGGCAAUUCCGAAAACCAGAAAAGCUAUCAGGAUUUGAACAAAAGUGAAAUAGAUCGCGUGAAUUCGGCUUUAUUGGCAGCCGUCAACUUGGGAAAAAAUCGAAAGAAAAAUCUAAAGAAAAAAGAUUUAGAAGACAGCAGUUUUCAAAUAGUUGAUGAUACCUCUAGCUCUGAAGAAGACGAAGAACCAGAAACGGAAUCGAGUUUUAAAGCCCCAAAGAGCGAGAAAAAAGACUGGUACACGCUAACGAUAAAUAGGAAAACUCGUCAUCGUCUGGAAAUGGCCUUGAAGUUACUCGAAUUUGUAGAGGGAGGAGGCAGUGACUAUGACAGCGACUGUUCCCUGAGUUCAGUGUCCUCAUCUUUGUUUCUAAAGAAUGACUGCACCAACAACAAGACCAGCACUCCCAGGGUGCAAGCAUUGAAAAAACGAGGAUAUAAGAAUUAUUAGGAGUACGAAAAAUAAAUUCUAAGAUUUUUAAUACAAGAGGAACAUGAAUUUGGAAUGAAAAAACAUAUUUUAAAAUAAAAACAAUUUAAAACAAAA